AUGGCACUUAAAUAUGAAAGAUCCGAUGAUAAAAAGGCACUUAAAUGCUUACUUUCUCAUCUUGAUUUAUUUAUUGGAAUGGAAAGUACAAGAAGAGCACCAACAUUCGAUGAAAAUAUCACAAUAUCAGCCAUCAAUCAAGUUGAUACUAGCAGCUCAAGUACUAUUUUGCAUUCAUAUGGAACUCAUAUGGUAACAAGCAUGUCAUUAGGAUUCUUAUUUCUUGGGAGAGGAAACUUUACACUUUUGACGUCUAACAAAGCGAUAGCAGGUUUAAUCUAUGCAUUAUUUCCAAGAUAUCUGAUUGAAUCGUAUGAUAGUAGGGCACAUUUGCAAGCUUUUAGACACUUGUGGGUAUUGGGAAUUGAACCAAGAUGUUUGGUUUUGAGAGAUAUUGAGACCAGAGAGGCUUGUCAUAUUCCAGUGAAAAAGAUUAUUAUAACGCC